AUGAUUCCAUCGCUUGUUCAUCUAGCAUCACGUGUAUUGGGAAAAUAUUUUUUAUCUAUUGAAAGUUGUCGUUAUUUACCAGAUGAAAUUGUUGAAAAACUUUUUGACGAAUAUUUAAAAACAAUAUCAUCGUUAUCAAUAAUCAAUGAAAAUGAUCUUAUAAAAAUAAUUAAUAUUUUGACAGAUCAUCAUUCAGAUGUAUUUUGUACAAGUUUUUGUUAUUCUAUAACAAAUAAUUUAAAUUUUUUAACGGCUAAUUGUCACGUUCAUUUACUAACACGGAUACAUUUAAACCUAGCUCAACUUGAUUUUUCAUAUGCAUUAGAAAAAUUUGUUUAUGAAGAAAAAAGAAAAAUUUUAAAUAUUAUCGGACAAAUGGAAAAUAUUGAAUAUUUAAGAUUGACGUACAAUCGAUUAGAUGAUGAAGAUAUUAGAUUAUUGACAGCUAGUAAUCGAAUUCGAAGCAAAGCUUUAUGUAAUUUACAUAGUUUACAUCUUCAAGGAAAUAAUCUCACAAGUAGAUCGGGUCGCUUUCUAAAAACAUUAGCAUCACUUGAUAAUUUGUAUAUUUCACUAGUCUCUUCUUCUGAAAAAUCAGCAUUUGUUAAAGAAUUCGACAAUCUUUGUGAAUGUAUUUGUUCAAAACAAAAUGGCUGGGAAGAGAUAAUCAAUCGUGGAUGGAUUUCAAAAAUUCCUCAAUUACAACCUUCAGCAACAGCAGCGGAUAAUAACUUUUAUCGAAAACGACGUCGAGUAGACAACGAUGAUUCUAUACAAUUAGUAAAACUUGUUCGAUCUUGUUCAACAUGUUUUCGAAAUUCUACAUCUAAAUCAACAAAAAAACAGGAGAAAAUUAUUUCGAAUCCAACAGGAUUUAUGGAUUCAGCACAAGCAAAUGAUUUGUUAUCAUGUUAUUUAUAG